AUGGGUCAGAUUGAAACUGCGAUUCAUGCUCUUCACGACUGCACGGCUGUAUGGGAUACCCUCCCUAGCUCACAACACUCUUUGUUUACCAUUACUCUUUGGUUCUUAUGGAAUGCCCGAAAUGCAGCUUUCUUUGGUUCUCCUAUAUUGCCCCCUGAACUAAUAGUUUUGAGUGUAAAGAACUAUGAUGCUAAGUAUCAAAAGGUUUUAGUAAUCCAUCAUAGGCGGUCUUCUUUGCCAAUUCCUGCUAAAAAGUGGCAAACUCCUCCUGGCCAUUUUAAACUUAAUGUUGAUGGUGCGCUUAGCUUGAAUUCUGGUUUACGUGGGGUUGGUGUAGUGGUCAGGAAUUCUUACGGUCGUCUAUGUGGGGCGGUAGCAAUGCGUGCUCCUAGCUUGCUGUCAAUCCUAGCUACUGACUUGUAUGCUCCCAAAAUUGGUAUUUCUUUUGUGAUGGAUGCUUCUAUAACGCCUCUCAUUAUUGAGUCUGACUCUUCAAACGCCAUCCAUAUGAUCCUCCAGGAAAAUCCCUGUUAUGCGGUAGAAGGGGCUCUCGUCGAAGAGAUUAGAUGGCUCCUCGACUUGCUCCCCUCCUACUCGGCCUGCGUUGUUCCCCGUACAGCUAACGAAGUGGCGGAUCUUCUUAUGCGCUUCAGUCUUGGUCAAGAGGACUUAACUUUUUGGUUUUCUGACCCACCUCUUUGGUUACAAGAUUGUCUAAUUGAGGACUCUCCUGAUUAUACUGAUGUUUGCUUCUCUUGUACUCUCGGCGUGUGUGAUACUCCUUAUUAUGGGAAAGAGGAAAAAAGCCCGGAAGGCGAGAGUUUUUCUGCUGGCAUGAAGGCCGUCCAAGGAGCCCGCAACAGCCAGUAG